UCUGUGGCGCUGUGAUCCUAAAGGCUCAGUAUGGGGCCAUGGGGAUCUUCUCUUAGCUUCCUUGAGAGAAGUAGGGAAAGAAAGAGAGCUUUGGGGACCCCAGUGAUCUAUCAGAAAGGGAGAAGACCCGACUUUGCCCUGCCUAGGGGAAAUUCAGGGUUGCUUAAGGCUGCCACUGGGGACCAAGAGAGAGAGCCUGAGGAAUCCUGGUGAUGGGAGUAGGGGGUUCCUGACCCCCACCCAGCCUCUGUCUCUGCCCCAAGGUCUUCUGCUUCUCCCUUCCCUCCCCCCCCUCCCAUUCUUCUGGCUUCAUGGCGGGUGCGGGGAUGGACCAGGCGGGCACAGAACAGGUGGGUGCAGGCUGGGUGUCCGGCGCUGGGACACAAGUGCUCUGUGUCCAGGGUGGGCGGAAGUCAGGGCGUUUGAUCUGAAUUCUAAAGGGCGUUGUUCAGAGCCCCACAAAGCUCCUAUUGUGUACAUGCUGGGUAUAAGGCAGCAUAUGACUCCCGAGCACCGGGCAGUGAGGAAUUGGGACGCAGGCGCGGACCCAGGGAUCACUCCCCCAGCACGGGUGCAAGUGAGGCAAAAUGAACUGGACAGGCCUUUACGCCUUACUCAGCGGCGUGAACCGGCACUCCACGGCCAUUGGGCGCGUCUGGCUCUCUGUCAUCUUCAUCUUCCGCAUCAUGGUGCUGGUGGUGGCUGCCGAGAGCGUGUGGGGCGACGAGAAGUCCUCCUUCAUCUGCAACACCCUGCAGCCAGGCUGUAACAGUGUGUGCUACGACCACUUCUUCCCUAUUUCCCAUGUGCGCCUGUGGUCCCUGCAGCUCAUCCUGGUGUCCACACCAGCCCUGCUCGUGGCCAUGCACGUGGCCCACCAGCAGCACGUGGAGAAGAAGCUGCUGCGGCUGGAGGGCCAUGGGGACCCGCUGCACCUGGAAGAGGUCAAAAGGCACAAGGUGCACAUCUCGGGCACGCUGUGGUGGACCUAUGUCAUCAGCGUGCUCUUCCGCCUGCUCUUCGAGGCCGUCUUCAUGUAUGUCUUCUACCUGCUCUACCCGGGCUAUGCCAUGGUACGUCUGGUCAAGUGCGACAGCUACCCUUGCCCCAACGUGGUAGACUGCUUCGUAUCCCGGCCCACCGAGAAGACCGUCUUCACUGUCUUCAUGCUCGCUGCCUCAGGGAUCUGCAUCGUGCUCAACGUGGCUGAGGUGGUGUACCUCAUCAUCCGGGCCUGUGCCCGGCGUGCCCAGCGCCGCUCCAACCCCUCCUCGCGCAAGGGCUCUGGAUUCGGCCACCGACUGUCCCACGAGUCCAAACAGAAUGAAAUCAACAAGCUGCUGAGUGACCAGGACGGCUCCCUCAAAGACAUCCUGCGGCGCAGCCCUGGCAGCGGGGCUGGCCUGGCCGAGAAGGGUGACCGCUGUUCUGCCUGUUGAGGGCACAGCCGGCGCCACACCCACCGCCAACCCUAGCCUUCAGUCCCUCUUAGUCCCCUCAGCCCGCCAGGCCGGCCAUAGCCCAAGCACCCACCCGUUGCCCUCUGAGUGGGGGUAGGGAAGGAGAAGGCAGGUGGGGGUGAGGAGUGGGGUGGGGGUGGGGGACAGAUCUUGCCCCCUCCUCCCCAAGCUUAAGGGAGCAAAGGAGGGUGUUUCUCCCCCUUCCUAAUUCCUGCUCCUCUCCCUGGGACCACUGGGUACUCUGGGGGAGGGGGGGCUUUGCCAACACUUCCACUGAUGACACUAACCUUAACCCUGCCAACAUUUGGGGAUCCUGCCAGUGGGGUGGGGGCUGUUGCUGGCACCUGGGAAAGGCUUGGGUGGCUGGAAAGAACAAGGCUCUGAUUCCAUCUGAUCAGCUGGGGGUGGGGAUUGGUCAGCACUACCUUUGACUCUAGAAGCCCGGGCCUGGGCCUGCAAUGUUACACAUUAAACAGGAUUUUACAGUAAA